UGAGAGAGAGAGGAACAGUGUGAGACGGGGAGUGAAAGAAGAGAGAGGGAGGCAAAUAGAAUAAAUAACUGACAAAACGAGGAAAUUAAUCCAUGAUAAUUUAAGAGAACUUUGACACAAAAUUUAUCAGCUUGAUUAACAAAAAAACCCAAAGCUGACACCACUGGAUAUAAAUGCUAACUAAAUAUAAGUAUUAAUAAUAACAAUAACUGCACAUAAAAUUAUGGUGAAUAUUAUAAUUGUGAAUGUUAGUUUUUUUUUGUUUGUAGGCUCUGAUGUGAUAAAAAGCUGGGUGAUAAUCUGGUCUUUUCCCUGGAGCUGAACAUUUAAAACAUUGAGCAGCUCUGUGACGUCCACCAGGAAAGCCAGGCCAGAAAGCCAUUUCUUAUCCAUGGGCUCUUGAAUACUACCAAUCUUGCUUUCCUGAAAAGCUCUGAUCUCAUCACGCAGAUCAAAAAAUCUCCUGAGAACUUUUCCUCUGCUCAGUCUUCUAACCUCCUGGUGGUACAACAUAUCACCAUAUUGUGCAUCCAUCUCAUCCAACAGUACCUUGAACUGCAGGUGAGAGAGCGCCUUGGAGCGUAUAUCAUUCACAAUUUUGAUGACGUCACGGACCACAUCCACAAGCCCGAUGGAUUGGGCACAUAGCUGUUCUUGAUGUAAAAUACAGGAAAUCUGAUAGCUGGCCCGUGUGGCACUUUCUUGAGCUGAUGAAGGACGUAGCAGCGCGCUCUGCUCAGAUCGAAGUUUAGCAAGCAGCUCGUUAGCCUUCUGUUUUAUGCCUCGCCUCUGUCCUUUGAGAAAGCUGAAGAACGUUUUGUUUCAUAAUGACGGAUUUUGUACUCUUUCAAAACAGCAACUGACUGCUUGCAAACUAGACACACUGCCUUUGAAUUGAUUUCAGUAAAUAAAAAGUCAACUUGCCAAAUCUUUUUAAAUUUCCUCUUGUCUGUGUGCCAGUGCCUGGAUCUCUCCAUUAUUACCUGUUUGUUGACUGUCGCAAUGCAUGCUGGCCUUGAAGUAUGCAUAUACAUUAAAUAAAAUUCUAAUUCUUAUUCUCUACAUUUAAUUUCAAUUUUCAUUUUUUGUAGCUCAAAAAUAAUAAUAAAAAAAUGUUAAAUUAGAAAUGAAGAUCAGCAUCAAUUAAACCCCCCCCUUCUCACACAUGGCAUGGCGGGCCAAAUCAAGUCACCACGGGCCAACUUUGGCCCACAGCCCGUAGUUUGGGCAUCUCUGUUCUAACUGUUGUAGUAGCACAUAGUCAUUUGAACUAAGGUUCAAGAAGCGCAUAAUUCUAAAUACUGUUGUAGUAGCACCUAGUCAUUCGAACUAAUGUGACAUUAGCACAAAGUCAUUCAAAAGAGUGUUCUAGUAGCACAUAGACAUUGAAAAGAAUGUUCUAGCAGCAUGGAAUACAACACACACACACAAGGCUAUAGCGGAGCCUAUAGUCACGCGCUCUGCUUCCGAUAAUACACACACCACUCGACAGCUGCAAAGACAUCAGGCUCGUUCCCAAGGCUCCUCUUUAACUCGGCCCAGAACGCAUACGACGGCCGUGCCUGCUUUUCGCCCGUUUUUACACACCACAUCGCACCAAAUGCGCAGCCCGCCGGCUUGAGCACAACGCGCGCCGCGCCUUUUCAUGUGCGCUACGCGAGACUGUUGCUCUCUAGUCGGCCAGGCCGGGCCACGGGAGAAACGAGAAAGCCCAUCCUCGCUCAGCGUGUGCUUCAACGUUUUGAAUCUCGUCUUGCGAGUGGGAUUUUCACCGAGAAAUGCCACGAGAAAACACAUCUGAGCGCGCGCCGCGUCCGUGCAUUCAUUCAGCGGCGCCCCGAGUUGAGUCUACAACGCUCUCAUAUCUGUUUUUAAGACCAGCCCCCGGCCGCGGGGAGGGAGGAUCAUCCUGUGUUACACUACUAACGUACAGCGUACGACUCGUGUAUUCUACGCAGUUACAAGAGAGAUGGCAGAAGUCGCACCCGCUCCCGCGCCGGCCAAAGCGCCCAAGAAGAAAGCAGCUUCGAGAGCAAAAAAAGCCGGCCCUAGCGUCGGCGAGCUGAUCGUCAAAGCCGUUUCCUCGUCUAAGGAGAGGAGCGGCGUGUCUCUCGCUGCUCUGAAGAAAGCGCUGGCUGCCGGCGGAUAUGAUGUGGAGAAGAACAACUCCCGCGUCAAGAUCGCCGUUAAGGGUCUCGUGACUAAAGGCACUCUGGUGCAGACCAAAGGGACCGGCGCGUCUGGCUCUUUCAAGCUGAACAAGAAGCAGACCGAAGCCAAGAAGCCCGUGAAGAAAGCCGCGCUCAAAGCGAAAAAGCCCGCCGCUACUAAGAAGCCCAAGAAGGUAGCGGCCAAGAAACCCGCCGCCGCGGCCAAGAAGUCUCCUAAGAAGGCGAAGAAGCCCACAGCCGCCGCAAAGAAAGCCACCAAGAGCCCGAAGAAGGCGAAAAAGCCCGCGACCCCUAAAAAGGCAGCCAAGAGCCCCAAGAAAGCGAAAGCUGUCAAGCCCAAGACCACAAAGCCCAAAGCGGCAAAGGCGAAGAAGGCAGCACCCAAAAAGAAGUAAAGAUGUUUGUUUCUUUCAUGCUUUUGUUCCUUAAACGGCUCUUUUAAGAGCCACCCAUAUUUUCCUUUAAAGAGCAACAAUUCAUUUUCAGUCAAGCUUUAUGGAAUCAAAGCAAUACACGUUAGAAACAUUCAAUAGUAUGGAUACGCAUAUCUGCUACAUAUCAUGUACACAUAGCCACACGCUGAUACUGAUUUUAGUACAGUAGAAUAGAAUCCUGAUCGUGAUUCCUAAACGUCAUUCCUGAUCUCCAAAACGAUCACAGAAUAUGUAGGAUAACAUAUUGAUACAUAAUAAAUCAAUGUUAAUGAUAAGAAUAAAUAAAUUCAGUAUAUAGUUGUUACUUCGUGCUUUUGUAUGAAUAUUCCCUUCUGUCUGUUUUCAUUCGCGC